AUGUCCCCAUACCGAGUGGCAGCAUGCGCUGUGCUGCUAGCUGUAUGCUGCACACCAUCAGCAGUUCUGUCUUUAGACUUGAACAAGCUAUACGGACAUCAUACUAAGCGAUCUGAAUAUUGUCAUCCAUACGAGCCGUUUAAGUGCCCCGUAGAUGGGAACUGUAUAUCCAUCCAAUAUCUUUGCGAUGGCGCUCCGGACUGCAUUGAUGGCUAUGAUGAAGAUUCAAAACUUUGUACUGCAGCCAAACGACCGCCAGUAGAAGAGACAGCGUCGUUUCUUCAAUCGCUUCUAGCAUCCCACGGCCCUAAUUAUCUGGAGAAAUUAUUCGGCAGCAAAGCUAGAGACGCCCUUGAACCACUUGGAGGUGUCGAGAAAGUUGCUAUUGCUCUAUCAGAAUCACAAACCAUCGAAGAUUUCGGAGCAGCGCUUCACUUGAUGAGAUCUGACUUGGAACACCUUCGCUCUGUAUUCAUGGCUGUUGAGAACGGUGAUCUCGGUAUGUUGAAGUCUCUGGGCAUCAAGGACAGCGAGCUCGGUGAUGUCAAAUUCUUCCUCGAGAAGCUGGUCAACACCGGUUUUCUCGACUGA